AAUAAUGUUGGCAGGCACAUCUUUGUAGAAUCUGGACUCUAUAGAUGUGGGACCUGGAAAAGUAAACCCUUAUCAGAACAAGGAAAAAGGAUUGAGGACUGGGAGAACUCAGAGGAUCAAAGUCAUCAGUAUGACGUGGACUCCAACUUUAUGCAACUGGAGGACAAUAUUAUCCCUUUUGGGAAAAAUGAGCUGAAAAACCUGCAGAAGAGUGUGAGUCCAGAUAACUCAGAAGGCAAUGAGUGUGAGGAUGACAGAUUUUUGGGGUGUGACGACAAACAGCAGAAAGACUCAUUUCUAAGGAGCACGCUGCACUUCCUAAGAAAAAUGAACCAGGGGAAGCUGGCUGACUGUCUACAGAGCAAAUGCCAUGCUGCAGUUUGUCAGCAUAAAUUUAAAUACAGUCUGAAGAUGAAAUUUCAGUGUGUGCUUGAGGGCAUUGCUAAAGCAAGAAACCCUACCCAUCUGAAUCAGAUCUACGCUGAACUCUACAUUACAGAUGGGGAUACUACAGAGGUCAAUAAUGAACAUGAAAUCAGACAGCUUGAAACAUCAUCCAGGAAAGUAGACAGGCAAGAAACAACAAUCAAACGAGAAGACAUUUUUAAAGGUUUACCUGGAAAAAAGGAAGAGAUCAGAACAGUGCUCACAAAGGGAGUGGCCGGCAUUGGGAAAACAGUCUUAACUCAGAAUCACCUCUGGACUGGGCUGAAGAACAUAAGCCAACCAGGACAUCCAAGCUACUGGCCUUUUCUGACGUUCCUCAAACGCCUCACUGCUAUGUGUGUUUCAGUUUCAUUGUGA